CUCUCUCUCUCCUCACUGCUGGUUGCUCACACCAGACAGCUCACAGCCAAAGAGCUCCUCUGUCCCUCUCCCAACACGCCGCGCUCUAAACCAGAGCUUUCCCCUGAAAAAAGAGGAAACCAAAGUGUAUUUAGACCACCACUGAGACCUUACUCCAAGGGAAGUUAUUGCUCAAGUCUAUAAGACAGUGUGUGGGCUCUGAACCAGAAGAGAGGUGCAACAGAGAGAAAGACGUUCAGUGGGGUUCACGCUCCUGCAGCAGCUAUGACUCAGAGCAACGGGGAGAACCCGCAGACGACCCGGAGCGGCCUCCAUCGGAUCCGGGAUGGGAUCCAGUCCCGGUCUCUGGUGGCCAGGAAGAGAGUGGAGAACAUCAGGAAGGAUGAUGUGAAGGGGUUUUUCAUCAGAAAUGCCUUUGUGUUACUAACGGUUGCAGCUGUCAUUAUUGGUAUAAUCCUGGGAUUCGCGCUGCGUCCUUAUAAAAUGACUUACCGCGAAGUCAAGUUCUUCUCUUUUCCUGGAGAGCUGCUGAUGAGAAUGCUUCAGAUGCUGGUGCUGCCCCUACUGGUUUCCAGUCUCAUUUCUGGAAUGGCUGCUCUGGACGGCCGUGCUUCAGGUAAAAUGGGCAUGAGGGCGGUGGUCUACUACACCACCACCACUGUCAUUGCUGUGUUCAUUGGUAUCGUCAUGGUGCUCAUCAUCCACCCUGGAAAAGGAUCCAGGGAUGAGUUUGCCAAGCAGCCGCAGAUAGAGCAGAUCAGCCCAGCUGAUUCCUUCCUGGAUCUUAUGAGGAACAUGUUUCCUCCAAACAUCGUGGAAGCUUGCACCAAACAGUUCAAGACGAAGUAUGCCAAGAGAGUGGUCCAUGUGAAGAUGAUGGUGAAUGACACUUUAUUCACACUCAACGGCAGCCAGGAGAUCAGCCGGGAGGAGAUGAUCCCGGUGCCGGGGUCGGUAAACGGAGUCAACGCCCUCGGCCUGGUGGUGUUCUCCAUCGGCUUCGGCCUGAUCAUCAGCAGCAUGAAGGAAAAGGGACAGCCCCUGAAGGACUUCUUCGACUGCCUCAACGAAGCCAUCAUGAGGCUCGUUGCCAUUAUCAUGUGGUAUGCCCCCAUCGGUAUCUUGUUCCUGAUUGCCGGUAAGAUCGUGGAGAUGGAUGACAUUACAACCAUGGGUGGCCAGCUGGGGAUGUACACAGUGACAGUCAUCAGUGGACUGGCCAUCCACUCCAUCCUGGUCCUGCCAACGCUCUACUUCGUCAUCACCAGGAAAAACCCCUUCGUUUUCAUCGCAGGGCUGCUGCAGGCACUCAUCACUGCCCUGGGAACAUCCUCAAGCUCAGCGACUCUGCCCAUCACCUUUAAAUGCCUGGAGGAAAACAACAAAGUGGACAAGCGUGUGACCCGCUUCGUGCUCCCUGUCGGCGCCACAAUAAACAUGGACGGCACAGCUCUGUAUGAAGCCCUGGCUGCCAUCUUCAUCGCCCAGGUCAACGACUAUGACCUGAACUUUGGACAGAUUCUCACCAUCAGCAUCACUGCCACGGCAGCCAGUAUUGGAGCUGCUGGAAUCCCUCAGGCAGGACUGGUUACUAUGGUGAUAGUGCUCACAUCGGUAGGCCUGCCCACCGAUGACAUCUCGCUCAUCAUUGCCGUUGAUUGGUUCCUAGACCGAUUGCGCACCACCACCAACGUCCUCGGAGAUUCAAUCGGCGCUGGCAUAGUGGAACACCUUUCACGCCACGAGUUGCAGAACAAGGACCCCGAGGUUGGCAACUCGGUGGUGGAGGAGGCCGACAAGAAGCCGUACAAGCUCAUCAGCCAGGAGAACGAGUACGAGAACGAGAGGGCGGCCGACAGCGAGACAAAGAUGUAGGGGCGAGCUUUUCGUCCCAGGCUACAUCUUUUGUAAUGAAACCAUUCCCCUGCAUUGAACCUCAACUAAUCUCUUCUUUAUUGCAAACCUUCCUCGCACAUGAUUGGAGGGUUCAGAUUAAACUUGAUGUACAGCUAGGAUAGAAUUCCGCCAAGUGAGCUCCACUAAUGUGGGGGGAUCCUUCCUGUCAGCCUAUAGGAUCUGUGCUAUGAUGCUUCCUAACAGUACCGCAUGUGUCAGCCAUGGGGUGACAGCUGCUUACUAUUAAACAUGAACUUCACUAGAGCCUGGUGGUCUGUGGCCUGCAUGUCAUAUCCAACUUCUCUCAGAACUGUAAUGAAUUAUCUCUCCCACUAGAGUUCAGUGUUGCUGGGAGCCUUAUCACAACAGUCGAUCACAGCCCACACUUGACCUUUAUGGAAACUUUUAUUCUGGCUUUACAGGUGCUGCUUUUAGGGUUGUGUGAGAAUAUAAGUGAUGGUUAUAAAAAUCAUUCUGUUGAGUGUUGAAUAUCAUGCACAUACCCUGCAGUGAGCAGGCCAACAUCUUCAGGGGGGAAAGGGCUGUGUAUCUACAAACUUCUUUACAGUUGUUAGUGGCUUUAUUUCUUAUUCUUUGGAUUACAAACUUUACCCUGUGGCACAAAUUCUUUUGUCCACCAAAACUGUCAAAACCAGAAAGUGCUAUAUCCAACAUCGAUAUUUUAGAUUUUUCUAACUUGUGCUUAUCAAACAAAUUACUACAAUCAUUGCAACCUAUGAACCAAAAUGUCUUAACUUUGUCAAAUUGUGUGAAUUUGCUCAGCGGAGAAUUUAAACUGUCAUCAAAUCCGAUUUAUAAGCUUUUAAACUUCAACCAAAAAAACAACCAAAAAUAUUAUCCAAAUUUUUCUACCUUUUUACUAAAUCAUACCCACCCAUACCCAAACAGAAAACCUGCACAACAAUGGUGUACUCUUUCAAUGGAAAGAAGGUAAUGAUUGUGUGUCUGAUCACUUCUCAUUAUGAUUGUGGAUCAAUUAUUUUAUAGACCCUCUAACGCGGACAGAGGACUAACAAUCAUUUAGCUGAAACAUUCACGUGUCACUAUGAAAUAUUAGCUUUUUAUUAAAUUUGAAAAAUGGUAGUCAAUAGCUUGAAAGUAGAUUUUUCAAAUGUUGUUUGAUUAUAUGAAAGUCUUCACUAUUCUAAAUUCAGCUUCCCGUAGUAUAAAAAUCGAACCCUUAUCUUGAUUGAUAUAACAUGGAUUUCAUUUCUCUCCCCAUCUUUUUUUAGCUUGAAUUUAUAUGUGCUGUUUUGUAAUUGAUGUAAUUCAAAUGUCACAUUUACAUAGACAUAUAUGAGGAUGCUUCUGAAUAUACUGUACUUGUAUAGAGAAAUGUAGAUAAAAGUGUACAUUAAUUGUAGAUUUGAAUUGUAAAAGGUUACCGAGGAUUGCACAUGUAAAGAUGCUGUAACUAUGUUCAUAUAAAACCUGAUGACCAAACUAACAAUACAGCUCUAGUUCCUUUUAUACAUUCACAACUGGAAGAUAUAAAUGACCAAAUGUUUUCUCCUACACACUUGAGGUUAUUUAAUAGUUAUUUUGUUUACAAAUGCUGUUGUCUUCUCUUGAUAUGUCUCUUUCUCUCAUGAUUUGACAUUGGAGAGCACACACACACAUAAACAAGUGAAUUAUAGAUGUAGUUGUAUUUUGCAUGUGAGUUUUUUUUUUCAAUAAAAAAAUGAAAUCAG